AUGAACAUGGUAGAGGAAGCUCUGCUCUUCUCACAGGGAAACCCUCGACCACUGUGGUCCGCUCUUUCUGCCCCUUCCAGAGGAGCUAUUGAUCAGCAAGAGAUGAUUCCAAGUAAGAAGAAUGCUGUUCUUGUGGAUGGGGUUGUGCUGAAUGGCCCUACAACAGAUGCAAAAGCUGGAGAAAAAUUUGUUGAAGAGGCCUGUAGGCUAAUAAUGGAAGAGGUGGUUUUGAAAGCUACAGAUGUCAAUGAGAAGGUGUGUGAAUGGAGGCCUCCUGAACAACUGAAACAGCUUCUUGAUUUGGAGAUGAGAGACUCAGGCGAGCCACCCCAUAGACUAUUGGAACUCUGUCGGGAUGUCAUACGCUACAGCGUCAAAACUAACCACCCAAGAUUUUUCAACCAAUUGUAUGCUGGACUUGAUUACUACUCCUUGGUGGCCCGAUUUAUGACCGAAGCAUUGAAUCCAAGUGUUUAUACGUAUGAGGUGUCCCCAGUGUUUCUGUUAGUGGAAGAAGCGGUUCUGAAGAAAAUGAUUGAAUUUAUUGGCUGGAAAGAAGGGGAUGGAAUAUUUAACCCAGGUGGCUCAGUGUCCAAUAUGUAUGCAAUGAAUUUAGCUAGAUACAAAUAUUGUCCUGAUAUUAAGGAAAAGGGGCUGUCUGGUUUGCCAAGAUUAAUCCUUUUCACAUCUGCAGAGUGUCAUUACUCCAUGAAGAAGGCAGCCUCUUUUCUUGGGAUUGGCACUGAGAAUGUUUGCUUUGUGGAAACAGAUGGAAGAGGUAAAAUGAUACCGGAGGAACUGGAGAAGCAAGUCUGGCAAGCCAGAAAAGAGGGGGCAGCACCGUUUCUUGUCUGUGCCACUUCUGGUACGACUGUGUUGGGAGCUUUUGACCCUCUGGAUGAAAUAGCAGACAUCUGUGAGAGGCACGGCCUCUGGCUUCAUGUAGAUGCUUCUUGGGGUGGCUCAGCUUUGAUGUCGAGGAAGCACCGCAAGCUUCUGCAUGGCAUCCACAGGGCUGACUCUGUGGCCUGGAACCCACACAAGAUGCUGAUGGCUGGGAUCCAGUGCUGUGCUCUCCUUGUGAAAGACAAAUCUGAUCUUCUUAAAAAAUGCUACUGUGCCAAGGCAUCUUACCUCUUCCAGCAGGAUAAAUUCUAUGAUGUGAGCUAUGACACAGGAGACAAGUCUAUCCAAUGUAGCAGAAGACCAGAUGCAUUCAAGUUCUGGAUGACCUGGAAGGCCCUGGGUACAUCAGGCCUUGAAGAAAGAGUUAAUCGUGCUCUUGCUUUAUCUAGGUACCUAGUAGAUGAAAUCAAGAAAAGAGAAGGAUUCAAGUUACUGCUGGAACCUGAAUAUGCCAAUAUUUGCUUUUGGUACAUUCCACCGAGCCUCAGAGAGAUGAAAGAAGGACCUGAGUUCUGGGCAAAACUUAAUUUGGUGGCCCCAGCCAUUAAGGAGAGGAUGAUGAAGAAGGGAAGCUUGAUGCUGGGCUACCAGCCGCACCGGGGAAAGGUCAACUUCUUCCGCCAGGUGGUGAUCAGCCCUCAAGUGAGCCGGGAGGACAUGGACUUCCUCCUGGAUGAGAUAGACUUACUGGGUAAAGACAUGUAGCUGUGGCUUUGGUCCCUCAG